AUGGAAGAUAGGGGCAAUCCUUCGGUGUGGUGGCACCUCUUGCAGCACGUGCAUCGAGUCUUCGGUGAAUCCGAGUCCUGUGCACCUGCCGAGGCGGCCCACAUCCGUAAGUUCUACCAGAAAGCCACCCGCAUCAUCCCCGACGGCCCUUCCCGGGACAAAGAGGAUCCUGCAUUGGUCAACAUAUGGUUAGGAUUUGCCGCGGCCGAAAAUUGCGUGAGCGAAUCGGACGCACGAGAGGCCUAUGAACACAUGUAUCGCUGCGGGAUAGGCUCUCGGUCGUCUAGCUUCUAUCUGAAGUUCGCUGCCUUCGAGGAAAAGCAAGGGAGGAUUACCGAGGCACUUGCUCUUUUAGAGUCGGGCAUCUCGCGGGGGGCGGCGCCGUUGGAGACUCUUGUCGCCGAACUUGAGAGGUUACGAAGCAGGAAACCUUUAGUAGCAUCCAGAAUUGCAACUCCUUUGCCGAGUACCUUCUCAACCCGCUCUCCGCCCUCCGUUGCGCCUUCCCCCGACUUAACAAUUGAAGCCAGUGGUGUUGCUGACCGAGAUUCAGGAACGCAGCAACCUCACCCAAGUCAGCCGCCAAGAGUGGAGGAGCGGGAGCAUGACCGGGCGCGUCCCGGGCCGCCCUCGACGCCUGCUGCGGCAGUGACCGAGACGGCAAAGGCCCCGGUGCCGCCCGCUGUCACACCUCAGGCACAACCUACAGGCACAAUCGACGCCAGCAUGCAGCAACAGGCCGGGAUACUCUCUCCAACUCCCGCCUCUGCCAGGGCCGACCUGCUUCAUUCGUCGCACAAGGACGACUCGACAAACCAGGGGUCCACGCGGACACAGCCUCGAACAGUCAGCAAAUCGAAAAGACUCCUGCCCACCGGAAGACUCUUGGGGCUGGGAAAGGCGGAACGCGUGCGCUUCGACACCCCCGGCAAAGCGGACGGGGAAGCAGAGAAGGUGACGGGGGGUGGGGGCAGUAAGUGCGACGCCGACUUCUGUCCUCCCCCUCCCGAGAAAUGCUUGGCGACCCCCUCCACCGGAAGCGCCGAGGCUCAUGCUCCAGUGCCUGUAGCUACGACCCCAGCCAAGCCCGACACGCAUCGCCUGCAGGAUCUGCGCCUCGCGUCCCCCUCCUUGACGGCGCUGCACCCGAUACUGGAGGGCGAUCAGAGCGCGGGGAAGGAGGAAAGGGGCUCCGAGGACACGGCUCAUGGUCAGCAGGCAUCUGUGCAGCAGACUCCUGGGGAGACUGCCUUCCGUCCGCUCGCGGCAAAGACACCCCAUCUCAACAGUGCCAGGGCUACCCUCCCACCCCCCUCCCUCGCCUGUCUCCCCUCCCCUGCCGCCGCCUCUAGCCGUUCCUCGGAUUCGCCAAAAGAGGAUCUUCCGGGAUCGGGCAGAAAGCAGAAAUUUGACACCGACGAGGCGCACACAAGAGAUCGGGGUCGAGUGUCCGCGGUCACGCACGAGUCCGUGCAGAUAGAGGACAAGGGAUCCCUUGACUAUGACGGAAAAGAUCAGAAGCGGGCGAUAAAGCAGCAGCAAGAAGAACUUCAAACACCACUUGACCACUAUUCUCGGCGACACGAGCAGCAGCCCCGGCGGCAUACGGAGGAAGGCAUCAGAGAGGACAAAAUUGCGGGAACGCCCGCGUCCCGCAACGCCGACCAGAAGCUCAGCCACCACAUCAUCAUGCACCACCGCCUUCACAACACCAACAAGAACACCAAGAGCAGCGGCAGCAGCAGCAGCGUGAAACACUACCUACGACUCGACGUCCUUGGCCGGGGGGGAAGCAGCAAAGUGUUCCGCGUGCUGUCGGAAUCCGGACAAAUCUAUGCCCUGAAGCGCGUACGCGUGCCUCCGAAAGACAGGAAGGCCCUGGAGUCCUUCGCCAACGAGAUCACCCUACUUGCACGUUUGCGCGGCCACCCUUGCAUCAUUCAACUGAUAGAUUCAACUGUCGAUAAGGCGACGGGAUUGGUUUUGAUGCUGAUGGAGUUGGGGGAGAUUGAUUUGAGCAAGCUCCUCGCUGAGCAGGCGGCGGCAGAGGCGCUCGACGCCGGCAACGACUCCAGGGGAAAGGGGCGGAGACCGCUGAGCUUGAACUUUGUCCGCUUUGUGUGGGAGCAGAUGCUCCGGGCCGUGCAUUGCGUCCACGAGGAGCGUAUUGUCCACGGUGACCUGAAGCCUGCGAACUUCGUUUUUGUGCGAGGACGGCUGAAGUUGAUCGAUUUCGGGAUUGCCAAGGCGAUAGGAAAUGACACCACCAACAUCAUGCGAGAGUCCCAGGUAGGUACUGUCAAUUAUAUGUCACCAGAAGCCAUCCUUGAUACUGGGAACGGUCGCGAGCAGCCCGGCGCGGGGGGCCGCCGGGCGCCUUGCAUGAAGAUAGGCCGGGCGAGUGACGUCUGGUCCUUGGGCUGCAUUUUGUACCAGCUCGUGUACGGCAAGACUCCGUUCGCAGACCUCAAUUUGAUCCAGAAACUGCACUGCAUCGUAGACGAGCGCUAUCAAAUUGCUUUUCCCGACGAUGAAUUGCACUUCUUAGAUCCCGAUACGAUUCAAGCGACGCUUGAGGUCUUGGAUCAGUACCCUGAUGUUCUGACUCUGGAGAAGGGGAAGCGUGUCGGAAGCAUCUUCGAGCGGUUGAAUGGACGGAAGGAACCGCUUGGCAACGCUAAAAGGCGACAGCCCGUUGCCGCAGGGCCUUUUGUGGAGUUCGCAUUUCGGAAGCAUCACGUCUGCUUCUCUACGAACCCCCUUUAUGCGACUGCGUCAAAUAUCAUCAGUCGAGUAGGAAUUGUGGGUGCUGGGCCCUCAGGUUUCUAUGUGGCCAAGUAUUUGCUGAAAGAGUUGGGGCCUGGCGCAACGGUAGAUGUCAUGGACUCUCUCCCCACACCCUUUGGCUUGGUGCGUACAGGGGUCGCGCCCGACCAUCCUGAGGUAAAAGCCGUCCAGAGUGACUUCGAAAAAGUGGCAGGAGACCCUCGUUUUUCUUUUUAUGGAAAUGUUCGAGUAGGCUACGACGUGGAUGUAGCGACAUUGCGCAGUUUGUACGAUGUGUUGGUCUUGGCGUACGGGGCAUCGGAGGAUCGAACGCUUGGAAUUCCGGGAGAGGAUACCCUGGAAGGAGUGGUCAGUGCUCGCACGUUCGUUAACUGGUAUAACGGCCAUCCAGACUAUGCGCAAGAUGCCAAGCUAACAGGCAUGCUCGGGGAGAUCCUGGCGCAGGCCUCCGCCCAAGUCGCCGUAUUGGGUCAAGGCAAUGUGGCCUUGGAUUGCGCCCGCGUGCUGGCGAAGCGACCGGCAGACCUGGAGACAAGCGACAUUUGCGAGCAUGCCCUGGAGGUGUUGCGGGAAAGCAAGCUGGCUGCCGUGUCAGUGGUGGGACGGCGGGGGCACGGACAGGCGGCCUUCACCAUCAAGGAGCUCCGGGAACUCUCUCGGAUCCCGGGCGCCAGGCUGGUGGUGCCUCCAGAGGAGGUGGCGAUGGGCUUGACAGAAUUUACAAUCGCAGAGCUCGCGCAGUCUAGACCCCGGAAGCGGCUGACAGAUUUGGUGGCCUCCUUACCCGGCCCCGCGGUGGGAGGGCAGGCUGGAGAGGGACGGGAACGGGUGGUGGCGCUCAGAUUCCUGCUCCUGCCUCGGGCGUUCCUGCCAGACCCACGGCGGCCGCGCCGGCUGGGCGCCGUUGUCUUUGAACGUGCCCGCCUGGAGCUGGACGGACAGGGAAAGCGCGUGGUGGCCGUGGGGACAGGCGAGACAGAGGAGCUGCCCUGUCAACUGGCCCUUCGCUCCAUCGGCUACAAGUCUCAGCCUGUGGAGGGUCUUCCCUUCGACAACAAGAAGGCAGUGGUGCCAAACAGACAUGGCCGCGUGCUGGAAGCAGCCCGUGAAGAAGCGGUGCCCGUCCCAGGCGUCUAUUGCACGGGCUGGGUGAAACGAGGCCCCUCGGGGAUUAUCAACACGAACAUAUACGACGCCCGAGAGACCGUGGCCGCCAUCAUGGAGGACGCUACGCAAGGAAAGUUGCCCUUCUCUUCCUCCUCCUCCUUGCUCGAGGCGCUCGCCCAAGCGGGGCGCAAGAAGCCGGAGGAUGUGGUGUCCUGGGAGGGCUACGGGAAGAUCGAUGCCUGGGAGCGUCGCCAUGGGGCCGCGCGAGGGAAGCCUAGAGAGAAGGUCACGGAUAGCCGCCGGCUUCUGGAGAUCGCCCGAAGUUGA